UAGUACGUCUGGUGGUGGCAAUAUUGACAUUAAAAUUAAGUUUAAGCUUAUUUCCUUCUUUUUUUUUUGGCAAUAUUGCGUGUAAAGUUUAUUAUUGAAAAACGUUGUGUGUUUGUUCUAUCUAACUAUCCUUACAGCAAAAUAAACAAGUCAUAAAUUAGGUCUAAAAAAGUAACACGAACAGUCUACUUUUAAACAUUGCCAAAUUAACAUCUUGUAUUGUUAUUCGCUGGUCGAGUUUUCAAUACAUUUUACACACACAAUAUGUUAUCAAAAAUAUUUCGCGCUGUCAUUCUGGGAGCUCCGGCUUCGGGCAAAGGCACUAUAUCAAAGCGUAUUGUGGAUAAAUUUGGUUUUGCACACAUAUCACCGGGUGAUGUAUUGCGUUUGAACGUUAUCAAUAAUACUGAAUUGGGGAAAACCGCCAAAGUUUUCAUCGAUCAGGGUAAAUUGGUGCCCGAUGAUCUAAUCAUUAAAUGUGUUAUGAGCUGUUUAAAUGAAGUGGGUAAUAAAUCAUGGAUGUUAGAUGGUUUCCCGCGCACUGUUGUACAGGCUCAACGUUUAUCUGAAGUAGAACGUUUGGAUGCAGUCAUUAAUUUGGAAGUACCUCAUGAAGUUAUCAUAGAAAGAGUGAAAGGCAGAUGGAUACAUUUACCCUCGGGUCGUGUUUACAAUAUUGGUUUUAAUGAACCCAAAGUUCCCGGUAAAGACGAUGUAACGGGUGAAGAUUUAGUGCAGCGUGACGAUGAUAAGCCAGAAAUUGUAGCUCAACGUUUAAAGAUUUAUGAAGAGAUGAUGAAACCGGUUGUGGACUAUUAUGCAAAGCAUGAUUUGGUAACGAAUUUCAAGGGAAAGACAACUGCAGAAAUAUGGCCAAAGGUAGAAGAAUAUUUAAGUGAAAAAACCAAAGCUUUACAAGCUAGUCGAGUUUAAUUGUUUUAAACAUAUUAACAAAAAAAAAAACAUGAAAUGUUUGAAAUUUUAAAGCUCAAAUGCAAGUUCUAAAUUAUAUGAUAAUAAUAACUAACAUUUGAUAGUUUGCUUUUUUUUAUUUAUUAUUUCUUUUGCAAAUAUAUGUAGUAAUAAAAGUCUAUUUUAUGACUAAAAUGAUAA